AUGUCGCCUUCACUUCCCCUCCCCCGUCGCCUUCACUUCCCCCCCACCCCGUCGCGCUCAAUUCCCCCUCCCGUCGCAUUUCCCGCCCGUCGCCUUCGCUUCUCCCACCCGUCGCCUUCCCUUCCCCCGCCCGUCACUCUCGCUUCCCCAGCCUGUCGCACUCGCUUCCCCGCCCGUCGCACUCGCUUCCCCGCCAGUCACACUCGCUUCCCGCCCGUCGCCUUCACUACCCCUCCCAUUGCCGUCCACUCUCUCCUGCCCACGCUCUCCCCCCCGCUCACUCUCUGCACAACCCUUCCCCUCUCUUCUCUCCUGUACACUCCCUUUCCCCCUGUUCUCACCCCUCUCUUUCCCCCUUCACUCAACCCUUUCCCCCUGCUCACUCUCCUCCCCCCUGCUCACUCCCUUCCCCCCUGCUCACUCUCUUCCCCCCUGCUCACUGCUCACUCUCUUCCCCCCCCUUACCCUCUUCUCCCCUGCUCACUCUCUUUCCCCCUGCUCACUCUCUCCCCACCUGCUCACUCUCUCCCCCCCUGCUCACUCUCUCCCCCCCUGCUCACUCUCUCCCCACCUGCUCACUCUCUCCCCCCCUGCUCACCCUCUCUCCACCUGCUCACUCUCCCCCCCUGCUCACUCUCUCCCCCUCUGCUCACUCUCCCCCCCUGCUCACUCUCUCCCCCCCUGCUCACUCUCUCCCCCCCUGCUCACUCUCUUUCCCCCUGGACUCACCCAUCUUUCCCCCCUGUUUACUCUCUAUUCCCCUUUGUUCAACCUUUUUUCCCCACACUCCCUCUCAUUUCCCCUGUUCAGACCCCUCGAUUUCCCCUGCUUACUGGCUUUCCCCCCUGCUCACCCCCUUCUCCCCCCUGCUCACCCCCUUCUCCCCCCUGCUCACCCCCUUCUCCCCCCUGCUCACUCUCUUUCCCCUUUUGCUCACCCCUCUGCCCCGUCCACAUCCAACCCUCGCUUAUCUGCCAAACCCCCUCUUCCCUCCCCGUUCUAUCACAGAACCAUGCUUGGACAGAGUCAUCAUGGGCCAUCACUGCAGUGAGCGCAGUGGAAAUGGCGUGCUGGACUGCAAGAACAGCAGCGGCAGCUGUGCUGCGGGCGGGUAGCUUUGGACUACAUAGUGGAUGCCACACGGCACUGGAGGGGCAGCUCAUCGCCACCUCUCCUCCCUCUCCCCCCACCUCAAUCAUUCCGUCAGGUGCUGGACUGCACGAACAGCAGCAGCAGCUGUGCAGCGGGCGGGUGGCCGACGGCAGCGCUGGACUACAUGGUGGAUGCAACAACGCAGUGGGGGGGGCUCGCCUGCGAGGCUGGGCAAAGCAGCAGGCGACGGCCAUGGGCAUCACGGGGUACGACCAGGUGGACUUCUACGGCUGGCUCGGCCUGCUGCUCGCUGUCAACGUUCAACCCACCAUUGCAUUCGUGCGAGGCUCCUACCCCUCCUUCCAAACCUACACAAAUGGGUGUGCGGCAGCGGGAGUGGUGGAUCACAGCGUGGCUAGUGGUGGGGGGUGUGCAGCAGCGGGGGUGGUGGAUCACAGCGUGGUGGUGAUGGACUACAGCAUCUCGUCGGACGGGGCUUACUGGAUCAUCCACAACUCCUGGGGAAGCAAGUGGGGCAUGCAGGGCUACAUGCAAAUGGCCUUUGGGGGAGGCACGGGUAUCUGUGGCAUUCACUUGGUGCCAGCCAUCUACCCUGUUAUUAAGACUGACGUGUGCAGCAUGCAGGACGACAAUCCGUGUGCGGUCGGCACGUGCAUCAACGACAAUGCGGGCGGCUUCUUUUGUCUCUGUCCGACGGGAUUCGAACAGGGGUACCGGCCCAACGGCGCUCACACAUGCGUCCCAAGUAGCCAUCUACCCGAGCUACACUGUCUCCUUCCCAAUAGGCAUCGACUGCCCGCUCGUCUUCCCCAUUCCCCAACUCUGGCCUCCUGUCUUUCCCCCUCUAUCCACCUCCCCCGUCUUUCCCCACCCACCCCCCUCCCUACAGCCAUCUACCCCAGCUACACCGUCUCCUUCCCGAUAGACAUUGACUGCCCGCUCGUCUACCAGCUCUACGGCCUCACAGAAGAGGCCUUCCUCGCUCAGAACCUGCAGCUGUCCAUCCCACCCAACACACAGAUCAUGGAGCACUGCUAUACCAUCCCGGCCAACAAGCAAAAUAUGGAGCACUGCUAUACCAUCCCGGCCAACACGCAAGUGAGCGUGGCGCCGCCCCUCAUGGGGGCGGUGCACUGUGUGCUAUACUACUCGUGGACUUCCCAGGACACGUGUGAAUGCGUGGCCGACAAUUUCUGGCUGACAGUGGACGAUCUGCUGGCGCUCAACCCGGGGAUCAACUGCACAGAUAGCACCGCCUGGAACGCGCCGUGCGUAAACCAGCAGCUGUGUGUGGCGAAGGGCAGCGGGGGGGGGGGGGACCUGCCCAAACUGCCCAUGUGCAUGAAUUGGUACACCGUACAGUCGGGGGACAUGUGUGAGAGCAUCAUGAAGGACUAUGCUCUCAACCAAACCGCCUUCUUCCUCUCCUCCUUCCCCUCAAUGCAGCUAUGCGUGGCGAAGGGCAGCGGUGGAAGCGACCUACCCAAGCUACCCAUGUGCACGGCAUGUCCGCUCAAACCUCGCUCAGUCCGCGAGCUUCCCUCCACUUCCCCGCUCCUCCCCUCCUCUCUCUCCUCUCCAUCCUCCUCCUUCUCUCCCUCAUCCUCUUCGUUCCCAACACGAGGGAGAUUGCUCGGCCUUAGCACCACCUCCCACCCAUCACCAGCCUCCAUGCCUCGCCUCCCAACCCUCAUCCCGUCUCACGCCGACCAACCAAUGAGAGGUCGCCAGCUGGCGGUGACGAAGCGGCGGUGCCUGGCGUUCUACUCGGUGACGAGGGGGGACUUCUGUGCACGCAUCAUAUCGCUCAAGUUCCAGAACAGUGCGAGGAAGAUGGCGGAGCUGAACAACGGAUACGUGUGCAACAAUGAUAGGCUGUAUGUUGGGCUGAGCCUCUGCACGCGGAGGUAG